AUGGAGGAAGGCAGUGGAGGCGAGGAAGGGCAGGCGAUCCAAGAGCUUCUGAAGAGCUGUCCCAAAACAGUUCCGCGGCGCUUUGUUCAGCCGGAUGGCUAUGGUCCCAGAGACGGGCGUUGCACCACCUUGGGCCUCGAGAUCCCAGUCAUUGAUAUGUUGCACGACAGGAGCACAAUGCUGAGGGAGCUCAAAGAGGCAUGCCAGGAUUGGGGCUUCUUUCAGGUUGUCAAUCACGGAGUUGACAUGGAGGUGGUCCGAAACUUGAGGACGCUGGCGUAUGAGUUCUACGUGAUGCCGUCUGAAGAGAAGCGGAAGUGGAGGAGGAAGACGGGAGAGAGUGCCGGGUAUGGUGCCUUCGGGAAGUCAUCCGAUGGAACAAGCGACUGGGUCGACACUCUGUGCAUGUAUCUGUCCCCGGAAUCGGCCCGCAAUGUGGAAACGGUGUGGCCCGACAAGCCCGAGUUGCUCAGGUCCUUCAAAAUGCAUGGUGUAUUCAAGGUUGACGAUUUACUUGUGCACAGGGUCUAUGUGGAUGAAGCUGGAAAGCAGAUCGGAGCGUACGCACAGAAGCUAGCAGCCGACCUCUCUGAAUCACUCGGCUUGCCCCGCGAUCACUUUAAGGAAGUUUUGGCGGACAGUGUUGCGAGCCUUCGCCUUAACUUGUAUCCCUUGUGCCCCUUUGCUGAUCGAGUUCUGGGCGUGGGUGCCCACUCAGACAUGGACACCUUCACCAUCCUGAUCGAGGAGAGCGAAAAGGAAGGCCUCGAGGUGCUCAAGAAUGGCUUGUGGCUGCCCGUCAAGCCCGUGAUAAGCAAUGGCAAAUACAAGAGCCAAGGGCACAGGGCUCUCGUCUUUGAGCACUCGGAGCGCGUCUCUAUCGUCGCCAAUUAUUCUCCUCUUCCCGGCGUGAGCAUUUGCCCCGCGCAAGAGCUGCUCAGCUCUAGCCAUCCAGCCAUGUACAGGCAAUCCAGUUACGCGGACUAUAUAGAUUUGUGUCAAGCCGACAAAUCGCUGGGCCGGGAUCGCGUUGAUAGUCUACUGUGUUGA